UUAAUGGGCCUUACAAUAUACGAAUUUAGUCUGGGCUUCAAUACGAACCUCCGACCCACAACCUCUUUGCUCUUCCCAAAAAGACUAACUUCUUGAGAUUUCAAAAUCUCCCCUUCAACUCUUUUUUUAGUACUUCCCUCUCUUUGAUUCUUUCCAUUUUCCUCAAGAAAAGGGAAUUAAAUUAACCCUAAAUCUCCUCUGUCCCAUUUCCUUACAAGAAGUUGUCAAAAGGGUUGAAUUGAUUUCUCUGAUGCUGCCGUUUUCUUGAUUGUACAACUCUUUUUGACUAAAAGGGUGUCUUAGAAUCGCUUCAAAUCAUCAAAAAGACACCAAAGUUCACUUUUUUAGGUUGUUUGUUGUUCUGGGUCAGUUGUGAAUGAUCUGAUACCUUUGUUGUUUUUUUUAAGAAUGGCUGAUGAUAUGGUCAUUCAUUUUGCAUCCAAUUCUUCUAACCAAUCUGACCAGUCUUUGCCUACAAAAAUUGCGAAACUUGAGGCAAGAAUGGUGGGGAAAGCUUCAUCUGUUACAUCUCAAGCUAAUUCCUGGUCUUCCCCAGCUAUGUUUGAGAAUGUUGCUGAGCCUGCCACCGUCUCUAGUGAUUCAGAUGAUGAUGAUAACGGAGUGGAAUAUCUCAUACAAGCAAACACUCAGAAGCGGCGCAAACUUGAAGACGAUGACAGCUCAACUUCGUUUGACCAUGUGGAGACAGCAGCUGAUACAGGGAAAAAGAUGGUAGAGAAUACAGAAACAAGCAAAGUGGCUUCAGAUGGGAAUAGACGAAAACAAAGCCGUAGUAGGGGACAAACUAAUUCUGGUAGAGGGCGUGGUUCCCGAGUUGGUGAUCAGACCAGGUUACAAGCAGUUUCUGCGUCAAAUGAUCUGUUCGAGAACUCUUACAAGAAGGAUAGUUUGCCUAAAGAGCAACUUGGGCAUAAUGGACAGACUGCAUCAGAAGAGGAGAUCACUACUUUACGGGCAAAAAUUGUGGCUUUGGAGGAAGAGCUUAGGAAAUCCCGUCAAGAGGCCACAGAUUAUCAGUAUCGGUGUCAACAGCUGGAAAAGGAGCUGAAGGAUCUUAAAGAUUACGAGCAGCAGACAAAGCCAAAGAGAACGAAAAUAAUGUCCGAGUUGCUAAUAUCUGUUUCAAAAGCUGAGAGACAAGAGGCUCGGAUGAAAGUGCGCCAGGAAUCAUUGAGACUGGGCAAUGUGGGAGUAAUCAGAGCUGGAACCAUUAUAUCUGAGGCCUGGGAAGAUGGGCAAGCACUAAAGGACCUGAAUGCUCAACUUAGAAACUUAUUAGAAACAAAAGAAGCUAUUGAACGGCAGCGUAAAUUGUUGAAGAAACGACAACCAGAUAAAAGUGAUGGAGGAGAUGUGGAGGGAGGUUUGCAGGAAGAAGAUUCUUUCAUUCAGGAUGAAAUCUACAAAUCUCGUUUAACUAGCAUCAAACGAGAGGAGGAUAUGAUAAUGCGUGAGAGAGAUCGGUAUGAACUAGAGAAAGGAAGGCUCAUUCGUGAAAUGAAACGCAUACGUGAUGAAGACGGUUCUCGUUUUAACAAUUUUCAGAUUUUGAACCACCGAUAUGCCCUCUUAAACCUUCUUGGGAAAGGAGGAUUUAGUGAGGUCUAUAAGGCUUUUGACUUGGUAGAUCAUAGAUAUGUUGCAUGUAAGCUACAUGGACUAAAUGCUCAGUGGAGCGAAGAGAAGAAGCAAAGUUAUAUACGACAUGCAAUCAGGGAGUACAACAUCCACAAGACUUUGGUGCACCAUCACAUUGUGCGGCUUUGGGACAUUUUUGAGAUAGAUCAGAACACAUUUUGCACUGUGUUGGAGUACUGUAGUGGGAAGGACCUUGAUGCAGUUCUCAAAGCAACACCUGUGUUGCCAGAAAGGGAAGCAAGAAUCAUCAUUGUGCAGGUUUUUCAAGGCCUUAUUUACUUAAAUAAAAAGUCACAGAGGAUCAUCCAUUAUGAUCUGAAGCCAGGGAAUGUUCUAUUUGAUGAGCUUGGUGUUGCUAAAGUUACCGAUUUUGGUCUAAGCAAGAUAGUGGAAGAUGAUGUUGGAUCCCAGGGUAUGGAACUCACAUCCCAGGGAGCGGGAACGUACUGGUAUCUACCUCCCGAAUGCUUUGAGCUAAGCAAGACACCUCUUAUAUCCUCGAGAGUUGAUGUCUGGUCAGCUGGUAUUUUGUUGUACCAAAUGCUGUUUGGUAAACGCCCCUUUGGGCACGACCAAACACAAGAGAGAAUACUAAGGGAGGACACAAUUAUUAAAGCAAGAAAGGUCGAGUUCCCUACAAGACCAGCUGUCUCUAAUGAGGCAAAGGAGUUUAUUCGUCGUUGUUUAACAUAUAAUCAAGCUGAGAGGCCAGAUGUUUUGACUAUCGCCCAAGACCCUUACUUGACAUACACAAAGAAAUGAUACGAAGAUGUUAAUCACCACAACUUAGGCAGAGAGGUUCGUGUCUCUCGUCUAUGUAAGUGGUUGCUCUCCUAAUGUAGAGACGAGGAGUGGUGCUCGGGGAAUUUUGUACAGUUGUAAAGCGCAUGUAAUUUUUUGUCCCUGUACCUUCAUCUGGUCCAUUACCAUGUUUUCCAUAUUUUGGUUUUCUCAUCUCGGAAGGUCUAUUAUGCCAUGCUUAUUUCAUGUUUUGGAAUUCGAUGUGUGCAUCGAUGAAAUUUCAUGGCGAUUUAAGAAAUCAAUUGUGUAGAUUCUACCUACUAGUAUGUUGGUAGAGGUUAUACAUACUUUGCUUGAGGAAAAAAAGACAUUCAAGUGAAGUGGUUGAUGAAAAUAUUUCAUCAUCUAAUGUUUGUUGUUGAAUCUUAUCAAGUUUGUAACUGAAUUUUACCAAGACAUGUAUUUAAGUUUCUGAAUAGCCUAAGACUAAAACAGAUACUAUCUGUUUGAAUAUAUGCCUUGCCUCCUA